CCCAUGUGGGAGCUCGGGGGGCAGGAGCGAGGAUGAGGGAGGUCUAGCCAGGCUGGGGAUGUCCCUGCGGAGGCUGCAGGGGGCGCUGCUGCGGGGGACAGAAAGCUUGUGGAUUGUAGCGAGGCGUUACUCCUCAGCCAGGGCAAAGGAAGAAGCCAGGAAAAGAUGGGCGUGUGAAAAGGCUGAACUUUUGGAGGUGCUGGAGGCCAGAGUGAAACAGCUGCAGGCCAACAACGCUCAGGAGGCCACCACGACGAAGAGCAAUUUUUCUCAGUCUACACUGUGGAAAGUGGCUUUACCAACUUGGAAAGAGAAAUCUCCAAAGCAUGAGGAGAGAAACUCUUCCCACCCCAGCCGUUGGAUGGAGAAGCUGAGCAAAGAGAAAUCCCUGAAACACAAGCGGCUCUUGCAGCUUGAGUUCAAGCUCUCAGACGCUGAUCCUAGAAUGAAAUCAUCUAGGAAAGGGGGCAAACUUGUUGCCCGAGGGGAGGCGAGCCCCCUGAAAUCUCCCACUAAAGGAAGUCCUGAUGGCCCUGCAAAAUGUCAAGCCCCCAACAAAACCAAAAGCCACUGUGAGGUCCCCAAGGUGGCCGCAGUGCAAGGCGAUCUUGGCACAGAGCCUUUGGGAAACAGUCACCGUACUGCUGAAGGUUUAGGAGUGCAGGUUCUGGGCUGGGAGGAUGCCAAGGAGAAGCUGCCCCUGGAAGAGGAAGAAGGAAGCCAGAAUGGGAGCAUCCGAUGCAGUAUCUUGGCGUAUCUGGAUUGCUGCCUCUUUCUCGACCAGAUGGAGAGGGCUCAUCAAUGCCUGAUGUUCUAUCACCGGUCCCACACUAGGAGGAAGCUGCUGGAUAUACAGGUGUACAAUCGGCUGAUGCGUGGAUAUGCCAAGAAGGGUGCCCUGAGCCGGGUUGGCCAGCUGUUCCACCAGCUGGAGGAGGCUGGGCUGAAGCCCAAUCUGGAAUCCUAUGUCACUGCCUUGGAAUGCCUGGGCCGAUCCAGUGUCCACCCACAAGUUAUUACCAGGUGCCUCCAGCAGCUCAAAGGCGACGGCUUCCAACUGGAGGACAUCCUGAGAGACUUGGAGCCCGAGGAAGAUGAAGUGAAAAUGGCUCUGAAGGCCAUCCGGAAGGUCAAGCCGGACUUCCAGCCACUGCCACCUGUCCACCAAGCUGAGACCUGUAUGGCUCCUCUGUCCCGGGACUUCUACACAAAAGAGAGGCCCAUUUCUUACCCCAAGCUGGAUUUCACGGCUCAAAACCUGCGCAAGAGGUUUCGGGAGCAGCUGCAGAUGGAGGCAUCCAGUACGGUCACCAUUGACUCUGUGGAGGCAGACAAGCCCCUGACAGAGCAAGCCAUCAGAGCGCGGGAGGUUCUGGCCACGCUCCGCUCCCAGUGGCGGGCAGCCCUCCUUCAGAGCUUGCGGGAAUCCAAGUUCCACCUGGGCCAGAGAAAGUCAGGGCAGUUAAACUUAUAUCCUUUCCUGUGUGUGUUGAAGGAUGAGGAAUACGUGGACAUCAUGAUGCAGAGCCUCUCCAGCCUUCCCCCUCAAGGGGAAUCCCUCCUGAUCUUGGCGAGGGAACUGGGCACCAAAGUCUACAACAAGUACAUCAUCCAAAGGAAGUCCUGGAGCUGUUGGGUGGAAAAAAUUCAGAGACUUUAUGACAGCUACAUCAGGCUGUUGGCUAAAGACACUCGGCCAGAUAAUUACCUGCCACGGAAGUAUUGGGAGCAGCUGCAGGCAGAGGCUGGCUAUGGACCUUCUCUGGUUAGCAGGGAGUGCGUCUGGCCCCACUCUCUGGUGGUCCAGCUGGGCCUGCACCUGGUAGAGCUGAUGGUCCAAGUACUCAAGAUGGAGAGCAACCUCCUCAGCCUCGAUCUGGAGCAGAAACUCAUCCCUAUCCUGUAUCACGUCUAUUCCUUCCGCAGUGGACGCCAGAUUGGGUUCAUCAGACCACACCCCAUACUGACCCGUCUCUUCUCAGAGUCUGUCGAAACCACCCUCACUUUUGACUCAUUUGUCAUCCCCAUGCUGUGCCCGCCGGUGCCGUGGGUCUCCCCUUCUUUUGGUGCCUACAUCCUUAAUCCCAUCAAGCUCAUGCGGUCUGUGGAUGGGGCUGUGCAGCACCAGCUGCUUCUGGAAAAGUGCCCCCGCGGUGACCUCAAUUUGGUUAUGGAUGCGCUGAACCACUUGGGGAACUGCCCGUGGAAGGUCAACCAGGCCAUCUUAGACAUCGUGAUCUCCAUUUUCAAUGACAAAGGCAAUGAGAAGCUGGACAUCCCACCCCCACCUUCUGAAGCCCCCCAGCCCACCAAGCUUGCCCUCGGAGGGGGGCCCUUGACCAAAUCAGCUUUGAAGCGGGAGAUGGCCCAGUGCCGCAAGAAAGCGAUGGAAAUGUUCAGCUUGCGUAUGGAUGCUCUCUACAAACUCUCCAUUGCUAAGCAUAUGCAGGACCGGACCUUCUGGUUCCCCCACAACAUGGACUUCCGUGGGAGGACUUACCCGUGUCCCCCUCACUUCAACCACUUGGGAAGUGACCUCACACGGGCCAUCCUCCUCUUUGCCGAGGGGAAGCCACUGGGUCCUCAUGGCCUGAAUUGGCUGAAGAUCCAUCUCAUCAACCUCACUGGGCUGAAGAAGAAGAACUCUUUGCAGGACAGGCUGGCUUAUGCCGAUGAGGUCAUCGAGGACAUCUUGGAUUCGGCAGACUAUCCCCUGACGGGCAGGAAAUGGUGGAUGACCACUGAUGAGCCGUGGCAGGCCUUGGCCUGUUGUAUGGAGAUUGCCAUGGCCACCAGGUCACCAGAUCCCGCUGCUUACAUCUCCCACUUUCCUGUCCAUCAGGACGGCUCUUGCAAUGGCCUCCAGCACUACGCAGCCCUUGGGCGGGACGUCAUCGGUGCUGCCUCAGUGAACCUCAUGCCCUCUGAUGUUCCUCAGGAUGUGUACAGUGGUGUGGCUCAGCAGGUGGAGGUGUUUCGAAAGAGAGAUGCUGAGGAGGGCAAGACAAUUGCUCAGGUAUUGGACGGCUUCAUUGGUCGCAAAGUGGUAAAGCAGACGGUGAUGACAGUGGUCUAUGGAGUCACUCGGUAUGGAGGGCGCCUGCAGAUUGAGAAACGCCUCAAGGAGAUCGAGGCCUUCCCCCAGGAGUACAUUUGGGAAGCAUCUCACUACCUCGUCCAGCUGGUUUUCAACAGCCUCAAGGAGAUGUUCUCAGGCACUCGAGAAAUCCAGAGCUGGCUGACGGAGAGUGCCCGGCUCAUUGCCAAGUCUGGGCGGACAGUGGAGUGGGUGACGCCCCUAGGGCUGCCCAUCGUCCAGCCUUACCAUCGCGCCAAGACUCUACUGCUGAAUAGCAGCAUGCAGACGGUCAACCUGAAGUCGCGCCACGAUGCCAGCCAGAAACCUGACACAGUGAAGCAGAAAAAUGCCUUCCCACCUAACUUCAUACAUUCCUUGGACUCCACCCACAUGAUGUUGACAGCUCUGCAUUGCCACAGGCGGGGGCUGACCUUUGUCUCAGUCCACGAUUGCUACUGGACUCAUGCGCUCACUGUAGAUGUAAUGAAUCAGGUGUGUCGAGAGCAGUUUGUAGAGCUGCACAGCCAGCCCAUUUUACAGGACUUGUCCAAGUUCAUGCUGCAGAAAUACUGCACCCGUUUUCCGACUGAGUUGAGGAACAAGAAGUUCCUUGAGUAUCAGAGGCUGGUGCAGUUGCUAUCCAAUGUUCCUGAGAGAGGUGAAUUUGACCUGCAGAAGGUGAAGGAAUCCACCUACUUCUUCAGCUGACCUCAGUUGCUGUUUCCAAAACUCUGUUUGUGUUGCCCAGCCUGGAUAUAGAACUGGUCUGCUGUCCCACCAUGUAGGCCUGACCUCCCUGAGAACUACAAUCUCUCUGCUCCCAGGAGCAACGGAUUGCUGUGGCAAGCACUGGUCCUGCUCAGAACACCAUUGUUUCCUUAGGGGUGGUGUAUCCAUGGGGGGGGGGGGUUGCAGAGCACUGCAGAUUGGGCCAGUAAGUGUGCCCGUGUCUGCAAACAAAUGCAUCACACAUGUGAAAGAGAGGGGUGUGUCCUGCGCUCUUUGCAAGUUGCACUGGACACCCUCCCACCCACCCCACCCCCCAAAAAUCUGGAUCUGAAUGUGUGUUCUGCUGUCUUUCUGCAGUGCUGUAUUUUUGCACUGCUUGUUCUUAAAUCCUGCAAUAGACUCAUAGAGAAAGCUGUGGCUGUGGUCUUUCCCUGGUUUUUGCCUUGGUCCAAGUGCUGCAAUCCUCAAGGUGCCACCGGUCUCCAUUGCAAAUUCUCUAUGCAGGAAGGGAGGGCAAGGUGGAAUGAGCUGGCUUGACUGCGUUUCAGCUCCCCAUUUAGGAGUAAUCUUUUCUCCCACCAGGACAGUAUACUGGCUUGGUGGGUGGGCUUGAGAAUAGGCCUUGGGAAUGUCUCCCAUCCUUCCUCAUCUCAGCGGCUUGGUGGCCCUGGGCCAAAUUCAGCCCUCUGGAGAGGUCUGGUCUGCCCUCCCACACAUAUUGACUUCUGGACAAAAGACCACAAAGCAUCUUGGGACACCAAACUUGCCUUCAAGGAGCAGACCCAGGUGAGCUGUUGCCCCUGCCAUUCCUUGCCCCCUUUUUAUGCAGGCCCCGCAGAAAAACAGUAGUUUCUGGUCUGGAGCCCUGAGAAUUCAUGCUUAUACAUUGGGAAGAGGGAGCUUCUUCCCUGUGGCUUCCUCCUGUGCUGCUCUGAUGUGCAGUGACACAAUUAUGCCAUCACUGGCUUCAGAUGCUUGUAUGGACCUUUCCUGCAUCCUUCCACCCUGUCACCACAUUGGAAGGAGUUCACAGCUCCCCCUCUUCCAGCAGUAAGUGUGGAUCAGUCCUUCAGCUUCCCUUGUGGGGAUAACCUUUUCUUCCCCUAUGCUACUUGCUGUUUCAGCAUGGCAGUUAUUAAUUAAUGUAAAUUAAAGAAAAAAGGUAUUGAAAUCUA